AUGUCGAUCGCUUCGGCGAGCAGCUGCCUCCGGCCAGCAGCGCGCCAAUUGGCCUCCGCCUCGCGAUCCUUCUCAACCACCCCCGCCAUCCUCUCCAACGCCGUCCCGCCUCAGUCCCCCUCCUACAUCCGCCUCCCCUCGCCUCCCCAGUCCCAGACCGACGAAGCCAAGCCGCCGCGGGUAAGAGGCUCGCUGCCGGUCCCGCGACAGGUCUUCCCCCGGGCCGAGGGCGACCGCAAGGUCAGGCCCGAGUACAUCCAGCAGACGGCGCCCAGAUCCCCGCACGAGCGCGAGCCGUCCAACGAGUCCCAGAGAUGGAAGCGCCAGAUGGCAGAGACCCGAAGGGCCAACCUGGAACUGGGUCUCAAGGCCCUCUACAGGCGCCGCGAGAAGAGCGACGCCGCCAGAAACGCCCGCGUCAGCCGUAAAUUCAGAGAGAACAACGAGGCUGCCGCCGCCCCGGAGCGAGAAGACGACCGCCUCACCCGGAGCACUGUCCUCGACGCCAUCCUCGACACAAAAGUAUACCCCGAUCCGGACCGCUUCGUCCGCGCCCAGCGCAGCCGAGCCAAGGUUCAGGCCAAGGAAACAGCCAAGUACGAGGCCCGACGGGACGCCCUCAUGGAGCUGUACAUCAACGCCUCCAACUUCAUCGUCCAUGAAAGCGAGCUCAAGGCCGAGAUCGACGAGAUCUUCAGCGAGGGCUACUUUAGGAAACAGAGCCAGUCCUUCCAGCUGUACGGCACGACGGAGAACGCCUGGGGUGUCUACGGCAGGCCUCCUUCCAUCGCGAACAUGCUGGAAACUACCACUGGAAAGUCGACCAAGCUCAUGGACUACUACGAGUCAGAGUAUGAUCACUCUGUUAAGCGGCAAAAGCGGAUUGCGGAGGAGUUUACGGGAGGCAAAAUGGAGUAA